GUAAUAAAAUUCUGAAUCAGCACAUGUAGGGUGUAGAUAUCAAAGGGUCAUCUUUUUAUUUAAUAAUGGUCCUGACAAAUUUCAAUAUUUUACAAAGAGGUGAAUGAUUGCGAUUCUAUUUUCUAUGGAGCGGCCAUCAUCUGAAGAAGUAGAAGUAAACUUUGGAAGAUCUCUGAUAGUACCCAGUGUUCAAGAAUUAGCCAAGCAACCCCUCAUCAAGAUUCCACCUAGGUAUGUGCACCAUGAUGGUCCUCAGCAGGAUUCUUCCACUCUUCUUUAUCCAUCUGUACCGAUCAUUGAUUUUCACAACUUGAGUUCUGGAGAUUCCUUGUAUGAUCAUGAACUGGAAAAGCUUCACAAUGCUUGUCAACAAUGGGGUUUCUUUCAGGUUGUUAAUCAUGGGGUAGGUGCUUCAUUGCUUGAGGAUUUGAAGAGAGAAAUAGUUAAUUUCUUUAAGCUUACUCUCGACGAAAAAAAGAAGCUGUGGCAACAGGAAGACAACCAUGAAGGCUUUGGACAACUCUUUGUUGUAUCCGAAGAGCAGAAGCUUGACUGGUCUGAUAUGUUUUACAUUACUACUCUCCCUGUGAGUUUAAGGAAGACUCACUUAUUCGACAAUUUACCUCCAAUCCUCAGGGAGAAAGUGGAAGCUUACUCUUUAGAAGCAAAAAAGCUGGCCAUGAAAAUACUUGGUUUUAUUGCCAGGGCUCUCGAAAUGGACGGUCAAGAGAUGAUAGAGCUGUUUAGUGACGGAGUGCAAUCAAUGAGGAUGAAUUACUAUCCUCCCUGCCCCGAGCCAGAAAGGGCCAUUGGCUUCACUCCUCAUUCUGAUGCCGAUGCCCUUACUAUUUUGUUCCAGCUCAAUGAGACUGAGGGGCUUGAAAUUCGGAAAGAUGGAAGAUGGGUUCCCAUUAAACCUCUACCAAAUGCUUUUGUAGUCAACAUUGGAGACAUAUUGGAGAUUGUAAGCAAUGGAGUGUAUCGGAGCAUUGAGCAUAGAGCAACUGUUAAUCCAGUUAAAGAGAGACUGUCCAUUGCAACAUUUUACAGCUCAAAUCUAGACUCCCAGUUGGGCCCUGCAAAUAGCCUUGUACGUCCAGAUAGACCAGCAGUUUUUCGACGAGUACCCAUUGACGAGUAUUUUAUGGAAUUUUUUGCUCGGAAGCUCGAUGGCAAAGCAUACCUGGAUUUCAUGAAAAUUGAGGUCGAAGGUGCGACAACUUGAACCUCGGUUGUCGAUGAUGCUAUACCAAUACUAAAGGAAAAGGGGUAAUCCUAAUAUAACUGAAAUAGAAUAUUUGCCUUAUAUUUGGAACAUUUGGUGAAAUAAACUACAUUUAUUACAGUUAUGGAACAGCAUUUUAUCUGGUGAAUUAGCAUUUUUUUUUUUU